AGCCCCUUGCACAGGCCUGCGCUGAGCGACCACACCCUCUUUGGCCGGCACCAACCACCUGCGCACCCACCCUCCACACACACCACAGCUACUCCACAUCUACUGCACAGUCGACAGACAGCAUCUAUAAUCCAUAAUGGCUCCGACUUCGCGCCCCGAACACCACAUUAACCUGGCGUACCUGCCCCAGCUGAGUUCCAACGCCCCGCACUCUGCCUCCUCCAGCGGCGCGGCAUCGCCCGUCGAGCCUCCGUCUGGCGGCCGUUUCCCUCCCAGCACCUCCAAUCCCCUGGGAGCGGCAGCUGCAGGCGCACGUUUGGGCUCCGGAUCCCCGUCGCACGACUUUGGCGGUCGGCUAUUUUCUAAACGUGCACGCGAGAUCCAAGCACAAGAGGGACUGACCCCACAAAUGUGGGGACCUCCUACCAGCGGCAACUCCACGCCAUUGCGUGAGACCAUUCCCGAGUCUCCCAGCGGCGACAGCUUCCCUGCCUUCGAACAGCACACUAUGCCGGAGCCCACGUCAGCCUCCCAGACAUCUACUCGCCGCACCCGCGCUGGCACUCUACCUUCACGCUUCUCUCCCUCCGCAGCACCCAGUGGCUUAAUGUCUAUGCCCAACUCCAACUCUCUCCUGCCCAAGACCUCCCGCCCUACACCCUCGACAAGCCCCUUCAAGCCCGGCCCAGCCACACCUACCGAGAGCAGUGGCGGCUUCGCUGCCCCUGGUUCUACCAACGCCGCUGCCAAGUCGGUACUCUUGUCACGCCUUCGUGCUGGCUCCAUGCCUCAACGUCCGGGAUAUCUCCCUCCCGCAGUCUCGCCUUUUGGCAACUCCAUCUUCUCCACGGGCUGGACAAGCAACAGAGAUCGCAGCAGCACUCUUCACAGCAUUGCUUCCCAGCCAUCAAACGGACCUGGCUCACCUCAGUCUCACUUCUCGAGGGACUCGCUUGCUGAUACCGAUGUCAAGACCCUUGACUACCUCGGUCUUGUAGACACCCCUCAGCCGGUGCGCGCUCAAUUGGCCCCCUCUGACAUUGAGCUCCUCCUGGAAAGCCAGAGGAAUGCCAGUGGCCAGAGCAUGAACAGCGCCAAUCGUUUCCGUUCCUACUCUGUCAACGCGAAGGAAAAGUAUGCUGAAGAUGAGGAUGAGCUCGAUCAGUUCGGCAACUACAGCGGUGCUAUGACUCCAGCUGAGGCCAACGCUCUACUGAUCCACGAGGCUGUCCGUCAGCACAACCUUGAGGUCCAGGCUUUUGCCAACUACGCUUCGAGCGCUCGCCCUCGCGCCAGGACCGCCGGUGUCUUGGACGCCCCUCAGCAGCGACUGAUGCGAAGCUACAUGCCUACUCGUCUCGGAGCCUCCGAAUUAACCGAGGACGCUGAAUAUAACCUUACUGAGGCCGUCAAGAACCUGCAUCUGCGUAAUGCACAUGAGUCGAGUGCCAACCUUGGUGACGACGGCACCCUUGAAGGCCCUACUCGAUCGCUGUGGCUUGGCAACAUUCCCUCAUCCACGACCGUCUCGUCUCUGAAUGUCAUCUUCAGCACUUUUGGAUCCAUCGAAUCGACCCGUGUUCUGACACACAAGAACUGCGGUUUCGUUAACUUCGAGAGCCUCGAAAGCGCUAUUCAGGCCAAGUCCCAGCUUAACGGCAAGGAGAUCUUCCCCGGAGCUGGUCCCGUGCGCAUUGGCUAUGCUAAGAUCCCCAGCGCAGCUGCCACCCCGGGUCACAACGGCCUCUUCCCUUCACCGAGCCCAGACCCGCACGCCAAAGCUCAGGCGGAAAGUGCUGGCGGUGCUAACAACACCGCGAAGGCGACAACUGCCCACCUGGCUACUGCGAAUGCCCCCUUGACCACCCCGGAGCUGAUGGAUAUCCGCGGCGACAUUCUCCAGAUUGUGAAAGAUCUGGGCGCAACGGACGAUGACCAGGGCAGGAUCAUGAUCCAGGUCGACGCUGCUAUUCAGUACAACAGCUACGUUGACGAGAUCCCCGCUGUUGAGGAGCCCAGCCACACCCGUGUUCACGACGCGCCGAGACUGCGUGAGAUCCGUAAGCGUAUCGACAACGGUUCUUGCUCUACCGAGGAGAUCGAGUCGAUUGCCAUGAAUAUGCUUCCCGAGAUUGCCGAGCUCUCGUCUGACUACCUUGGAAACACUGUUGUCCAGAAGUUGUUCGAACACUGCUCUGAGCAGGUCAAGGAGGCCAUGCUUCGCGAGAUCGCACCUCAUCUAGCCAAGAUCGGUAUCCACAAGAAUGGAACGUGGGCUGCCCAAAAGAUCAUCGAUGUCUCCAAGACCCUUACCAUGCAGAAGAUGGUUGUGGAGGCUGUCCGCCCAUAUGCCAUGGCCCUCUUCCUCGACCAAUUCGGCAACUACGUCAUGCAGGGAUGCCUCAAGUACCAGCAUCUCAACAACUUCAUCUUCGAGGUCAUGCUCGGCCGCCUCUGGGAUCUGGCUCAGGGCCGCUUUGGAGCUCGCGCUAUGCGCGCCUGUCUGGAGAGCCACUUCGCCAGCAAGGAUCAGCAACGCACAGUUGCGGCUGCCAUUGCCCUUCACAGCGUGCAGCUUGCUACUAACGCCAACGGUGCUCUGCUCUUGACCUGGUUCUUGGACACUUGCACUUUUCCCAGGAGGCGCACUGUCCUGGCUCCUCGUUUGGUUCCUCACAUCGUCCACCUCUGCACCCAUAAGGUUGCUUACCUGACGGUGUUGAAGAUCAUCAACCAGCGCAACGAGCCUGAGGCGCGCGACAUCAUCCUGCAGGCUCUCUUCUUCUCGCCGAACGACCAGGUCUUGGAAGAGAUCUUGUCUGAUCAGAACUGCGGUGCCACCCUCAUCUUCAAGGUCCUGACCACCCCAUUCUUUGACGAGAAGAUUCGCGCAGAGGUUGUGCAGAACGUUCGCAACGUUCUUGUACGCAUCAAGGCUCAGCCUCAGCAGGGCUACAAGCGCCUCAUGGACGAAGUAGGUUUGUCCACUCGCGGCGGACCCGGUCACCGCGACUCCUCGGCUACCCGAUCUGCAUCGAGGGACAGCUCGCAGAUCGAGCCCCGAGGUUUCUAUGGAACUGCUGCCCCUGGCUUUGACCCAGUCGGUCUCCAGCGCACCUCCAGCAUGGACUCCAAUGGUUUCGAUCAGUAUGGCAUGGCACCUGGCGGACCAAUGUACAUGCCCAACAUGCAAGCUUUGAAUGGACAGCAACAGCUCCAGUAUCAACAGUUGCUUGCUCGUCAAGGCCAGUUCUAUCCCCAGAUGAACGGCUUCCAGCCUGGUAUGGACGCUUACCGUAAUGCCUCCCCGGUCGCAGCUCCAGGCUUCAAUGGUUCGCCCAUGAUGCAGCCCGUCAACCUAGCCGGUCAGGGCAUGCCCCCGGGUAUGGGUGCGCAGAUGUAUCCCCAGUAUGGCAUGUACAUGACCCAACAGCAGCAGCAGCAACAGCAGGCUGCUGGAGGUGGUCAGCGACGUGGUCGAGUAAGCAGAAAUGCGUCCCCAGCGCCUGGCGCUAGACGCUAACCUCUCAUACAGAGAUAAGUGUUCUUCCUCUCACACCUCUUGGACGCUCGCAGCCUCUCUAGCGUUGCUUUCCACAGCAUCGUAUCCUUCUUGUCUAUUGUUUU